UCGUAGAGAAAGAAGAAAAAGUAUCGCUCGUCUCUGCACUUCUAUAAUAUUAUUAUUACUGUGGGCAUCUCGAAACCUCUGAUUGUCUUGCCACGCUAGUAUAGCUAGGGAGGCAUUGCGCUGUUCGGUUCAGUCUCUGCUUCAACCAAGCAACCGGGAAGAAGGACGGGUUGGAACCACUCCCCAGGCCAGGCAGUUUCCUCAAACGGCUGAAGGCAACUUCCAUUCUUAGAUGGCAACCAUGCGGACUGUCUGGUCACUAUUAGCCUCCGUUAUCCUGUAUGCCAUGCUGACAUCCUCUGGCACGUCAGCGGAGAGCCCAGUAGUCAAAUUUCUUCCAGAUAUGGUAACAACGUGCAGCAGUACCACGGGGAUCAAGUCUACCUGGUUAUUUUCGGGCCGUUUAGCACAUGGUGCUGUCUAUGCUCAAAAAACAUGUCGAGACAUGGGAUUUGAUCUGCUAGACUAUGCUUCCUUCAAGGACACCUCACUCGGCUUGACAGCAUGCGUAUCCACUGUGCUGAAAAGUGCGCUAAAGAGAUACAAAUAUUAUGAGCAUCAUCUGUCCUACUGGGCCAUCAGUGGAGGGAAGGUUUCUCCCUAUCGAUUCUCCACGGCACAUGGUGACGAGGGAGUUGAGCAAGCACCCGGUUUCGAGAGCUAUGUGAUGUGUUCUGUGGGUUGGAAAUCUCGCCAGUACGGAAUCUACACGUUUUCAACCCCUUACACUGGACUUGCUGUCACGUAUCAGGCUGCAAAGCAAUCAUGCGCAUUACGCGGCCUGCGCAUGAUGGCAGAGAAUGACGCAUACCCUCGGCAAUGGGCGGCCAUGUAUUAUCCAGUGUUCAAGGACCUCUACAUGAAUAGUAACUAUUGGCUUAUGGGUGGCAAAAGGUUUGUCGUCGGAAACUACAAAAGCCCAACAUCGAAGGAAAUAAUCAUGGAAAUCUUCAGCGACCCUGGUUUGAAAAACGGAGUGCUGUGCGUACAGGUUUGCUUUCAGGGGUUCCUCAGAGACGAUAGGUGCGUCUGCAAAGGCUCGUAUGCAGGGGACGGAUGCAGGAAGUUGAUGAGUAGAAGUGAAAUCUCGAACUGUCCCACCAAUUCUGGACUGUCCACAUGGUUUCUGAACGGGAACGCUCCAAAUGGUUAUCCUUGGGCAGAACCUUGGUCAUUUCUCACCGCAAAAAGAAGGUGCGUUGAGAGAGGGUUUCAUGUGAUGAACUUCACGGCGCUGACGACCGGGACACCGCAGCAGCAGCAAUGCAGAAACAGGCCUUUCGCCAGGUAUUUAGGUCUCGUCCGGAAAUACGCGCGAGAGGGGAUCAUCCACAGGUAUGGGUAUUGGUCGUCACCGGGCAAGUACUACUCGAACGGUCAGAAUCCUCUGUGGAUAGCGAAUGAUACGUCGUUGCAUCAGCCGAGAUAUUAUGCCGCCUGCUGGGGAAGGUGGCUCACAAGAACAACCGCCUCUCCUCAAGCGCCUGGCUCGUUCUCCCUGGCCAGACUGUACGCCACGACCGUGCAAAGCUACAGGUUUGCAAGCGAAGCCUGCGACCUCAUCGGGCACGAGCAAUUGUCUGCACACCAGCUGUACGCGGCGUUCACGUACAACGCGGCUCUCAAGGCAGAUCUGAAAUUUCUCAUGAUCCCAGGUUUACAUUACAUUCUGGCUGAAGGACAGCUGUUGGCCACGCGUUAUGGUGAUGCCAUCUACUUCAGUUACACUGAGAGACUUGGAUCCUCUUUUGGGGUCUUGUGUGGACAUGGACCCUUUGCCGCUAUCCCGACUGUUUUUUGAGAAGGUGGAUUGCGAGGUGGAAUGUCCCACUUUCAAGGAUAAAGAGGCAAAGACAUCACAUAUCUGUGGAGGUGAAUGGCGUAGCGUUAGACCGUUAACCGACCACUUUCCGCCGUUCCGCUUUUCAAGAGGAAAGAGAAUGAUUGGAUGUGACUACAUUGCUAAGAUCCUUGUUUUCCGGUUGUUCUACCUUGCUUUUGCUUUCUUGUUGGGCGUUUGGUUGCUCAUAACAACGAGGUUGUGCCUUUAUGGGCCUUUUAGAUUGACGUCUCUUCCAAUGUCUUUCUAUUUUCGACCCGGUAAUGUUUGGCUGAAAAUUUGCUGCGGCUGAAAUUUUGUUUUCCACUG